CCUCCCUCCGCCCCGGUUGCCGCUUUCCCUCAGCAGCCACUCCUGCGGCUGGGCUCGGCGCGCCAUGGUGCAGCUCGGGGGCGGCUGCGGAGCCCCACAGCCUCUCCUGGCCCCAUCGUCGGCCUUCAGCAUCGACAGCAUCCUGCAGCCCGGUCCUCGCUGCCAGGGCCGGGAGCAGGGUAGGUCCCGCUGCGCGCUGCCGGAGGACGAAGAGGAGGAGGAGGAAGAAGAGGGGCCUGCGGAGGACCACCCCGGUAAAAGCUCCAGCGACUCGGGCAGCGAGCGGCUGCUGGCGCAAGGGCCGCGUCGUGCGGAUGCCGAGGCCGAAGGCGCGGUUUCACCUCUCUCCACGGAAAGGUUCCGCGGAUGCCGGCAGCCGUCGCCGCGGGAUUCUGGGGGCUGCAGCAGGGAGAGCAGCAGGUGUUCAGCGGCGGGAGGCAAGAAGAAGACGCGGACCAUCUUCUCUAAGAGCCAGGUCUUUCAGCUGGAGUCCACCUUCGACGUGAAGCGCUACCUGAGCAGCGCCGAACGAGCCGGCCUGGCCGCCGCGCUGCACCUCACCGAGACGCAGGUGAAGAUCUGGUUCCAGAACCGUCGCAACAAGCUCAAGAGACAGCUGUCGGCCGAGCCCGAAGGUCCGGGCCAAGCGGAGCCCCCAGGGGAGCCCCCGCCGCCUCCCACCGCCUCUUUCUCCUUCCCGGCCCUAUACAAGGACAGCGCCCUGCUCAGCCGCUGCCUGCUGCCGCUCCCCUUCCCUCUGUUCUACCCGGGCAGCGCCAUCCCCUACCUCUGCCUUCCCGGCCCGGUUAAGCACUUCAGCCUGCUGGAGGGAGACGUAUAGCCUCUCCCUCCGGCCCCCGCCCUGUCUAUUGCCGGGGGCCGAUGUUCCCUGUGGCCCCGCCGUGUCACCGUCCGCUUUCGCCCCGACCCGCGGCAGUCGCUCCCGGGCCCGGGGUCCCUCACACUCGGCCGUGUGCCGCGGUGUCAGAGCUUCAACGAGCGUUGCCCUCUGCUCGAGACGGAGAAGAACGGAGCUGCCAAAGAAACCGGGAUGAGUUGCGUCUCCCUUCCCUCCGCAGCCCCUCCGUGCCCACGGUUUAGGAAAGACGAUGUUCUGCUUCAGCCCACGGGAAUGGUGUCAUCGUGGCUGCCCCAGCACCGUGCCUCCACCCGAGAGCGUUGGUUACAGCCCCAUCCACUCCGUGCUCUCCUCUAUCUCACAUUCUCCGCCUUUAGUAUCCCCCCAAAUAACAUUUCCCCAUCUCUGACACUAUCAAAAUACAGACACCUCUCUAAAUCUCUGUAGCUACUCUUUCUGAAUUUUGAAUUUUCGAACCAAACAAGUCCUUUGUCACACUUUGUGCUAACCGGUUCCCAAAUCAGGGCCCGUCUGAUGUUUUGCACACAAGUUACUCAUGCUCCUUACGCUAACCCCGGCCCCGAUAGCUCAGGGGAUUAUUUUAUCUGCUGCCCUAUGGUAACGAAGUGCUUUAUUUCUUUUUCUUUUCUUUUUUUUCUUUUUUAACCUCCCCCCAAAAUUUCCAACCACGUUUGUCUUUUUUUUGGUUUACGAGUUCAAACGCUUUAUAUGACGAAUUGGGAA